AGAAGUGGGUGGGAGAGCUGUUGAAACACAACUCUGUCUCAGGACAGACAAAGUUUGCGUUGGUGGUUUGGAGACUUUUCUGCUUACUACUUCCCUGUUUUAAUUUGACUUUUUUUAACCUGUUAUUGUUUUUUUAUUGAACUCUGGGGUCCAUCAGGGCGCAGCUUGAUUGUGGAAUGGCUGAACUGGUACGAAUCCGUAAGAAACGGCUGCAGAUCCCCAUCUCUAGGUAAGACUGGGGUUGAGACUAAAACAGAUGAUAUCACAGCUUCAUACAUGCAUGUUCAGCCUUUCUGUGUUUGCAUAUAAACAGGGCUGGAUUACUCUCAACAAACAUGCAUUAGCUUUAAAAGUCUGCUGCAGUGAAUCUGUCUGGAUCAGCGUCUGUUGGAGGAGUUGUCUUGUUUUGCAGUGCAUUAGAAAUGAGUCAAAAGUCCAGUCUGUUGCACUGUGAUGAGAGAUAACAGAGCAGCCUUCAGUUGCUUUUUGUGACUCAUUUUAUCAGCAAGCGUAGAUCAUCACAAAGCAAACUGUGGAAAGUAUUCUGAAAGUCUCUUUUAAAAGGGUAUCGUCUCUUUCUUUUGCUUCAUGUUGUGGGAGAUUUUUAAGAUUCCACCACUCUGACUUAACUUGGCAUCAUGAGAGUAAACUUUAGCCACUCUGAACAUUCAUCUCACCCACAAUUUUCCUGUGAGAGGAAAAGCUGCAGAGGUGAUGGGUCAUGGGGUUUUGUUUUGGUUAACACACUGAUGUAUAUAAGUCGGCAGGUUUCAGUGCAUUGAGUUUUUUUAGGUGUUUGAGGGUUUCUUGCUGAUAAAAGUUCACACAUUUCUCGAGCCACUGGUGUCAUUUUCUCGCGAGCACCAGCGCUAGAUAACAUAAAAACUAACUUUAAAUAAGAAUUAAAGCUCAUGUGAGUGACUUUUCUGUUGUAUGUGGCACCCCCUGUGAACAAGUGGUACCUUUUAUCUCUGUCCUCAUUUUGUGAGAGGCAAAAAUCUCAUUCUGCUUUCUUCAAACGGUUUAGUCAUGAGACUCAAACGUGACAAAUGGUGCUGUUAACAGCCACAUCUGACACCUACUCUCUGACAGUGUUUAUAUCUAUUAAGAGAUACCCAGUUUUACAGCUGAAGGCUUCUUUUGCCGUUCUUGUUCAUUUAGACACAUCAGUACUACCUUAGGCCGUUUUUUAACAGUUGCUUAAAUUUACACCUUGAUUGGGAAAUUUGUAGGAGCCAGGAGUUUACAGAAAUCAGGUCAUUGCCUGUUUGAUCCACUGAAUGAUUAAACCUCAUCUCUCUACUAGUUAGCAUCAUGGACUCAAAAUGCUGGUCACGUGUUCAGUCUGGGUCAUAGCUCCGGUUAAUAAUUGCUGUAAUGCUAUAACGCUGUACUACCCAGAUGUAAACAAGCACAGAUGACAGGUAGCGUCUCACACUGCAGUGUGGUUUGGCUGUAAUAUGGAUUUAAUGAGUGUAGUCCAGCACAGGCAUGAGGAUGUUACCCUGUAAGAAGGACCAGAGGCCGGUGGUGAUAGCUCUGCUAAUGGCAACCUCACCAGCGAACUCGCUUGACAUCAUUUUGUAGCAGACUAAAUAAACUGUGAUCACUUUUUGGCUGUUUUCUUGAUAGAGGUGAUAGAGUUUUCUCACCUUUACACAGGUUACUUGGUCAGAAAUUCUGAUUGUCAUGAUAUCAGAUUUUCAACUCAGGAUUAUAAUGGCCAUGAUAUAACAAUAAUGUUGCAAUAUUUUUGGAAAACUUAAUAGAUAAAACAACACAAGUCAAAUAGAAGACAACCAGAUUAACAGUACAAGCCAGGUAUACAGACAUGUACUACUGUAAUAUUGAAAUAAUAGCAUACCAAAAGGUAAUUUUAAUUAUGUUUUAGAGUCAGCGGAUAGCAGAUAGCUGAGUGGAUUAAAGUGCGUUCCAUGUUGGUGACUGUGGUCCACACUGUGGUCACGGGUUCGAUUCCUGUCCUGACCAUGUGCUUUCAAGUAUGCUUUAAGUGUACUUUUAUAAACUAGAAUAAUAUAUUCAUAUAAAUGUUCCAAUUGUGUCCCAAGAAGUAUUAAAUUAGUAUACUUUAUAGUACUCUAAAAGUACAUGGUUGGUAGUAUACUUGACAUACUUGUACUCAAGCAUACUUAAUAAAAUGAACUUUAAGUUUUGCCAAGUGUACGCUUGUUUCAGAGUAUGUUUCAAAGUGUACAUUUAUAAACCAAAAAGUGGACUAGAAGUUUAUUGCUAGUAAACUAAUAGUGUACCAAGAAGUUUACUAUCAAGUAUGCUUCAAGUGUACUUUUAUAAAGUAAAAAUGUUCCAAUUUAGUCCCAAGAAGUAUUAAAGUAGUAUACUUUGUAGUACACUAAAAGUACAUGUUCGGUAGUAUGCUUGACAUACUUAUACUCAAGCAUACUUAAUAAAAUGAACCUUAGGUAUACUACUUUUUACUAAGUGUACGCUUGUUUCAGAGUAUGUUUCAAAGUGUACUUUUAUAAACUAAAAAGGGGACUAGAAGUUUAUUUCUAGUAAACUAAUAGUGUACCAAGAAGUUUACUUUCAAGUAUGCUUCAAGUGUACUUUUAUAAACUAAAAGUUUUCCAAUUUAGUCCCAAGAAGUAUUAAAUUAGUGUAUUUGACAUACGUAUACUUACACUCAAGGGUACUUAAUAAAAUGAACUUUAAGUAUACUACUUUUUGCUAAGGGUACUAUGAACUCACAAACCCACAUACUUCACUUUUCGCAAAAUACAGCUAUUGUAUGUUGUGACAGCUCAAAGUCAGAAUUCACAUUUCUUGUAAAAUUACCAGGUAAAUAGUUUCUUCAGAACAUCUUUAACAGGCAUCUCAUCAUUUAGAGUCUUUCAUGAUUUGCACCUAUUAUUGCCGGCAUUUUGCACUGAGUCAUUUCAGCACAGCCUGAUGCCUUUUUCUUCUUUACACAAAAAGUGUUCUCCAUAAGAAAUAUCCUGUUCGAGGCUCAUCUGCUGUGCACAGUCUAAACAUUAUAAAUUAGCCGAGAUUGAAAGCAAGCGAUGGCAUUCAGAUGCAUGCUAUUUUUAUGACUCAACAGCUUUUGAAAGGCCCUGCCAGCGUGAUAAACACUUGAAAAGCUGUGAGCAACUCCUCCCCAGGAGCUGACUCCACAGCACGGCCUGUGACUGAACACAAUCAGUCAACAUAUGAGCAGCUCCACCAAAAAUGUUUCAUUGAAAAGCCGAUCUGUGGCACGCACUUGUUAUUGAAUCAGAUAAAUCUGUCAAUGAGAUACCCUGAGAGAAAAUAAAAUCCAAUCAGAGCAGACUGAUUCCAGUUGUGUUCUGUGUUAUGCUUUUGAAAACUGUUAGAAUAAUCACGCAGAUGAGAUUACAUUAACACACGGCAGGUGGGAAACACUUGAGGUGACAUGUGCUUUUUAUUACGCUGCAGGAGGCUGAUGCAUUCCCCGCCUGUUCUCUAAAGUAAUAUGAUUAAAAGUUUCAAAAUCAAGCAUGAGACAAGAUCAGAUUGCAGCCAGCGCUCAAAAACAUCAUUUUCACGGAGCUCACUUUGACAAAAUGUGGGUUACGUAAGAGCUUAACCAUGGGAAGUUUUCCUGUCAUGGAAAAUUUGGCACUAAUGAUGCCCUUUUUGCCACUGGCUUUCUUUGGGCAGCUUAAAUCACUUCCAAAUGAACUUUUUCCUUUCCUGAGGAUUUUUUUUUUUUUUAACUUGAUCUCAAAGCACUUCUGUUUCCCCUCAGACGAAGAUCAGAUGUUGUCAGUUUAGGUUCCAAUCAGACUCAAAAAUGACUCUUCUGUCGGGACUUUUCUUGCUGUUCCAAGUGUGAUUUACAGUAAAAGCUUGAGUCUAAACUGCACAAGCCAUUUUCGCCCUCUGCUCUUGGUGAUUGCUCUUUUUGGAGGCGAAACAGCACUUUUAGGACUUUCAGAAAGGCCCGUUUAUUGUGAAGAGAUCACAUCUGAACAAAUGACUCUGCUUCCUUACAGGUUGAGGAGCAUGCUGAAGCUGCUGGAGGAGAGAGAUGUCGAUUUUGAGGAAAUCAAAAAGAACCUGGAUUUCACAGCGUCAUUACUGGAGGCAAUUUACCUCGAUGGAACAAGGUAGAGAAAAGAGGAAUAACAAAACAACAAGACAUUUUCUACUCAAUGUUAACUUGUCAUGUAAGCUCUGUUUUUACUUUUCAUGGCUGUAAACAUGCAAAAACAAACAUCAACAUAUUUCCUGAUGAAGAGGUUUGGUCCUGCAAGGAGUAGAGUCAACAAAAUACCUCAGUUCAUGUCUUUAUCAUCUUUUGCAGGGUAGCAGGUGCGCGGGUUCAGUCUAGACCACUUUGGGGUAUAAAUAAAACCACCAUAGACAGGAAAAUAAGUUCACUGAAUGAUAAGAUCACUUAUGAGCUGCUUACUUCCUCCUGCACAGGGACUUUCCAUCGAUACUUAAACAUGAAAUCAUCUCGCUGAGGUCUCAAAACACCCAUAAGAAAUUCUGCCUCAGUCACAAAUGGGUAAUUAAAGCCAAGUCUACUUUAGACUGCCCGAAUUAAACAUCUAAACAUCUAAGUCCCUUUGAGAAUUUAAAGAAAACAUCCCCUCUGAACUUUCUUUACUAGGGUCAUAUUGACAUGAUACUGAUGCUGGUACACAUGUUGGUGCAGACGAAAAUGUUGUCCUACGUCAGGAUCAGACUUAAUGAUCUUUUUUUUGUCUGCCACUUUAAAUAAGUGAUCAUAGAGCCACAAAUUUGUUCCAUGUACACAACCAACUGCUACGACCAGAAUUAUCCUGUGUUGCUGAAAUGCAAUUACGACAUCAUAUAGGACCAGCACCAGCUUUAUCUUCUCUUUUCUGUCUUACCAUUUUGUUUGUUUUUUUACACUUGUGACUUUCGGACUUUCAGACCAUUCUGUUCUCUUAGUGGGGUGCUCACACUAAGCGUGAGUAAAAUCAUCUACUCGCUUAAUUCGCGCGAAUCUAGACACGUGAAUGAACAGUGUUUACUCGCUUGAUUCGCGGGUCAACGGUAGUUUCAAUGGAUUCACACACAUUGAUUAAAAUGCUUACGUAUUUGAUCCGCCUGCUGUGCGGGAUUGGAGCACAGCCGUUCCUGAUCCUGUGGGUUUUAGCCGUCAGUAAUUGAAAGAAAAGGUAUCAUAUAAUUGGGGCACCCACACACUGACACGAUCAGUUUGUCCUCCAUUUGUGAUAUCAAUGAACAACCGUCUGUUUUCUUUUGCACCCGGCAACCUUCAUGCUGAUCAGUUAUCGUGACAUGAAUAUCCACUCAAGUUGAGACAUUUUCAGCUUCGCCCAAUUCGUGUCAUUCACGCCGCCAAAGUAGUAGGGGUGUCUAAUCGCAUCUUUGCAUUGACUUAACAUGUAAUUUAUUUGCGCGAAUGAUUUUACACACGCUUGGUGUGUGGAGACAGUAGGGCACAAGACACAGAAGUGUUUUUUCUCAAAAGGUGAGGAUUUUAUUUUACCCAAAUCCAGAAAACCAAUGUUACAAACCAAAAUUGCAUCACAGCACAUGGUUUGCUCUAACGUGCAGUCUCCAGGAUAUGAGUCCUGGUCACACUUUUUGCCAAGCAAGGUAGUGUCAUCCCCCUGACAGCCAGGUAGACAAAGAGUAUCGUAUAACAGAAGUGUGUGUCUAAUCUUGCAGUGUGGAAAUGUGUGCACCAAAUCUAAACAACACAGGUGUUAGCUACUGAGGUGAAAUUGCAGCUGGGGUGGUAUUACCCUUUAGUGGCUUCAGUCAAUAUCACACAUGUGCAGAACAUUUCAUAGGAAGCAGAGAGAAAAAUCGAACAUGCUAGACUUUUGCCAGAGGGUUGUGAGGCGCCUGGGAUGCAGCCUUGACUGUGACCGACUACACAAGAUAAAAUGUGUCUCAUUAUCUGUCUCAUUGAUGCGAAGGAUAACACCAAAAAUGUCACACUGUAGGCAUAGAUUUGUUUAAAAUUUACACUGUUGAUCUGCUGAUAAGUCAGGGAAGAGUGUGACCUGUUAUUUAUGGUGCAAUAGGCUGGCACAGUACAAUCUUUAGGCACUGGGAAAUGAUGCACCAUCAACCUCAAAGUUCUUCAGUCAAAGGUGUUGACCGCUAAAAGGCAGCUUUAUAAGACGAGUCUACACAAAUGAAUUCACACUUUGCCCACACUUCCCUUUAUACAGACAAAAUGAUCUCCUGGCUGCAUUGUGUGGCUGUGUCGAGUUCACACUUGACUUAAGCUCCUUCCACACCUGUAAUCUUUGGUGGAUUGUUGCUGCUGCUGCUCAGUUAGUCAAGAAGCUUGUUCAGCUUUUUGCUUUUUGUUUACAAAAUAACACACUCUUUAGAUCUCAGAGUGACUUUGCUUAGUAUCCAAUUUUCUAAUCAAUAUCCAUUAGGCCAGUGCCUGACAUGCUUGGCUAGCAGCAUCUACCUCUUCAUUCUAUAUCAUAUGUUUCAUACCUUUAUUAUUGUUUUAAUUUCAAGAUUAAAGUGACACCAAUAAAGUCGGAAUUUCAAGAUUAAAGUUGACGUGAAUAAAGUCGAAAUUUUGUGGAUUAAAUCGAAGUCUCAAGAUUAGAAAAUUUCUAGAAAAUUAGAAAAUCUCAAGUAGAAAAUUUUGAGAUUACGAAGUGUGAAUAAUGUCAAAAUUUCAAGAUCACAAAAAUUAAAAUUUUAAGAUCGAAUCAAAGUUUUGAGAUGAAAGUCCACAUGAAUAAAGUCGAAAUUUCGUGGAUUUAAUUGAAAUCCAAGAUGAAAUUAAAAAUUCCAAGAUUAAAGACGAAAUUUUGAGAUUACAUAAUGUCGUGAAUGAUCUCGAAAUUUCAAGAUUACAAAAAUAAAAGUUUUAAAGUUAAAGUCAAAAUUUCAAGAUCAAAGUAGACAUGAAGAAAGUCAAAAUUUUAUGGAUUAAAUCCAAAUUUCAAGAUUAAAAUUGAAAUCAUGAGAUUAAAGUUGUUGCAAACAAAGAAGAAAUUUCAUAAAUAAAGUCGUAAUGUUGAGAUUAAUGAUAAUGACAACAUGUCCUCUGUAGAAGAGUUUGUAAAGCUUUACUUUAGAAUUGGGCACAUUUAUAAAUUACUGUGAAUAAAUGAAUUUACUCUCUAUUAGGCAGAAUCUGGUUUGGGGUGGAUUCAAAGAUGUGUUAUUCCAGUACCUGUUUACGACUCUCUUCUUGUUUAAUAUUCACUGUUUAUGUGUGUGAUGUUUCCCUCAGACAGUGUUUAGAAUCAGAAGAUGACCUCCAGCAGCUGCAGUCAGAUGGAGUGCCUGCAGAGGUCACUGAUUGGCUGGCAUCCACCUUCACGCAGAGGGUUCGACGGCCCGUACGGCGGUCAGAUGAGAAACCCAAGUUUCGCAGCAUCGUACAUGCGGUGCAGGCUGGGAUAUUUGUGGAGAGGUAAUUUACCGUGUUUAUUUACAGAUUGAUUGCAGAGCUUACAGAGCGGAUUAAAGAGGUCGCUUUGAUGCAACAGGGUGUUUGCAUACUGCACUGUAAAAGGCAGCUACUUGAGAGUAACAGUCAUGCAUUAAUUAUGAGGCUUUAAAGUAAUAAAAUAAGAGGAUAAAACAACUCAUAAUGUACAUUUCUCAUCGUGUAUGAGUGAUUUACACUUCCCUGCUAUAACUCUGUAACUCUAUACUGUGUUGUUCAAAUCCCAGCCACAGAAAACACAGACAGCUGAACCGGGACAUGAAACAUUAGCCUCCUUGUCUCUUUAAAACAUCCUUCCAAAGGGGGACAGGGACUUUGGAGGAUUUAUAUAAACAGAUUCUAAGACCAGUUGGCUGCACAGUGUCAACAUCUGAACUUUAACUGAACUCAACAUAAACAUUGCAUUAUUCCAGGAUGUUCAAGAGGGCCUACACGGCUGCCAUGCCAGACCAACCUGCCGUGGUCGUAAAUUGUCUCAGGGUAAGCCUUUACCAGUCAUACGUCUGUCUUUGAGUGUGUAUGUUUGAGCCGUAAAUCAGCAUUACAAAAGGAGUGGCACACACCGAAAGAAUUCAGUCAUUUUCUCUCUUCUAUUUAGGAUGUUGACCGCUGGAGUUUUGACGUGUUUGCUCUGAACGCAGCCAGCUCUGACCAUGCACUACGAACUCUGUUCUUUGAGCUGAUCACCAGAUAUGGACUCAACAGUCGUUUUAAGGUUUUUAUCCUUAAAUUUAACAUGGUGUACCCUCUUCACAUGUUGAACUGAUAUGGUAACAGAAGAAUUCCAUGGCUCUGCGUUGUAACGCAACAGUAAAAUGAGAAUUUAAGCAAUUAUAGAGUCAAUUUUUAUGGGAAAUGUGAGUUUUAAUCCUGGGUAUAAUGAGUAUCACAACAGAAAACAACACUCAGGCUCAGUUUUAGCUUGUCAUUGUGCGCACAACUCUUAAAUUUUUCAACAAAACCUUGAUAAUUUUAUGAUGCAUUUUUCAGAUCCCCAUUUCAUGCCUGACAGAGUUCCUGUGUGCCCUGGAGAGAGGAUACUGCAAACACAACAACCCGUACCACAGCCACGUUCACGCUGCAGAUGUGACUCAGACACUGCACUGCCUGCUGCUGCGAUCUGGACUUGUGGUAAAGUAGAACCGACUGGAUACCAACAUUUUGAAUCAUCAGAAAUGGUUGAAUAUAAAAUCUGAAAUCCCACAAACCCAAAGCCAACACUGUUAGACAACCACUGCAAUUUUUUCCCCAUUAGUUACUACGCUGUUUUAUAUUUUCUCUAAGCAAAGAACAUACACUUUAUCAGUUUCUUACUACAGAGUGAUUUUUAUAGUUUAUCUACCACGGGGACAUACAAGUAUAGGUAUAAACAUUUAAGAGGUCAGAGAUGUACCGUGGUGCCGAUCCAUUGGUAUGUAAAAACAAACAAAAUUUUAAAAUGAGUCCUAAAAUGAACAGGAGGCCAAUGGAGGGACGCCAGAAUUGGAGUGAUGUGAUCAUGUUUUCGUUUACCUGUUAAAAGACGAGCAGCAGCAUUUUUGGACUAACUGUAAGCAUGUGAGGGAAGCCUGAUUAACACCGACGUAAAGAGCGUUACAGUCGUCCAACCGUGUGGAAAUAAAAGCAUGAAUGACUCGCUCAAAAUCAUUAAAAGCAGGUUUACUUCCUCUAUUAAGUUGGACAUAUUAACAUGAGACCGAACAGGGACACCUUUGUCCUUUGCCUCAAGUGGACACUAGUGGAAUUGCACUAAAAGUCCCACUCCGAUCAUUUUUUUUUAAUACUUUGAGUGUUCUCAGUCACCUUACCUGUGUCAUUUUUAAGUACCUUCUUCUGCAGAGCUCCCGUAGCUCAUUAGCAAUUCGCCUCUGAGUCGUGGGCGGAGACAGCGCUGCUCUGCACACUCCUCUUCACACUAGCCUAACAUUGCUGGUGUAGUCAAAGUGGCAGGUAACAUAAGAGCUCUCGGACACUAAUGUCUUUAGGGACAUGAUGAAAGUUAACAUCAUAAUAAGCUUUCUUACGAGCAUUGCAAUACCUUUGUUCCGUGAUUUUUCUCAUGACAUGUCCUGUAGCAUCAGAAAAAUGAAUAUAUGAACAUGUAGAAAACAAGAAAACAUGAUUUUCAUUGGAGUGGGUCUUUAAGGUGCACAUAUCAGUAUCCUGACAUUAGCUUCUGCUGCUUUUUAUCAAUGGUGGGAAUUUUCAAUCUCCAUGUCUUUGUCCCCCUUGGUGUUGACAUAAUGGCUCUACAUGAAAUGACUCUGAAUUUGCCCCCUGCUACACUGACAGUGUCUUCUUGUCUUCCCAUGUGUCCAUCAAGCACUGGCUGACCGAGCUGGAGGUGAUGGCGUCGUUAUUUGCUGCAGCCAUCCAUGACUACGAGCACACGGGAACCACAAACAACUUUCACGUUCACACGAAGUAAGUCCUUCCUAUGAAACACCCACACGUAUAGACCCACUCUCAUGUAGCUCCAUCUAAUUUUACACAGCAUCCUGUUGUGAAACUGUAAAAUAGCAAGAGAUGUUGGUGAAUGUUGAAAUAGAAAGUCAGUGUCUCUUGAAGGCCUUUGUGCAGUUUUUGGAGACAGUGGGAGAGAGAGGCAGAGCACUCUAAAGCAAACACAUCUUUAUGGAGGGAACACAGUAUUUUUAGACGUUGAUUUUCCACACAGGAGGGCUGAAGAACGCGGUCUCCUGGCACCCAUCAUCCUGAUCAUGCUUUUAUUUUGGGAAGAAUCCUCGUCCACAAUAAACGGACAUGUCUUGGUUACAGAAAACAAACAGUAUCCUUUUCAGAAGCCGUACGCCACCUAAAAUACAACUCUGUGUGGCAAAAUGUCAACUCCCACUCUCAUCUGUAUUUCUUACCCUGAUCGCUUAAAUUCACGCUGGUUGAAAUUGAUUCUGUUGAUGAUAAAUUUUCAUGAUGGAAAAGUUUGAGAAAAAAACAAAAAUCGAUGAAAACAUCUACGCUCAAUCUCAGCAGGGGAUGUACUUCUCCACCAGAACCUUUUUUUUUAUGCUUCAAACAGUCAACCUUUUGCAGAAUCAUGAAUAAACAAAAGCUUUAUUUUGUGCAUUAAUGGGACUCCUCAAAGGUCUGAGGCUCUGAUUGUUGAUAAAGCUGCAGCACCAGACAGAUGAAACUGCAUUUGAGGAUUGUCAGUGUCAUUAAACAGACCCAAAGAGACCGUUCGUGCAUCCUCAAGAGUCUUAGGGGGCUGGACAUGAUGUUAAAUAGACACUGUGGUAAUUUUUUACAGCCUUAAGGUCCUUACACACCGGGACCGUUUUUGGGAGUCUAAGUUUUUAAAGGAUACUGGUAGACUGAGACACACUUCUCCUGAAUAUUUCGAUUAAAGUUUCAUAUCAGAGCAUUAAAGCAUGCUUGUCAUUGGUCUGUCUGUGUUCACACAUGCAGCUCAUCUGGUCAAUUUCAAGAGAUUUUCACUGGACUAUAAACAGGACAAAUCAGCAAAGAUGUAAGUGGUACUACCUUGUCUGCAGGGUCCACUAGAAUCAGUACAAACCAAAAGUUCCUCACAGGAGCUUUAAAGGCAAAGUAAUGUGACUGUAAAUUCUGUUUCAGAAUCACUUUAAAUUUCCAUAUAACCUGCUUGUAAAAUGGUAAAAUUAGGAAGUGUUGAGUUGAUAUAUUUUCAGUUAAGUCAUUGAUGAAAUUUUACUUCAAGCGUCAAUCUUGUAGUCUGUAAUUCUGACUGUAAAUGACAAGCUGAUCUGUUGUCUUCAACCAGUCCGCUAGCCUUAAGAAUAUCAGAAAAUCUGCACAGUAAAUACAAUUUUUCCAUGUCUUCAGAUGUCAAACAGACCUGCUAAGUUGAGUGUCUGAAUUUUAAAACCUAAAACUAACCAAAAAAUUUAAAACCUUGAUUUCAUGCUGACUGUGGCUUCAUGGUACUUGAUUUAACAACCCCCAAAACAGCACUUCAACACACAAAUGGAUAUUGGUAGAAGACAUUUUCACUAGUAUUAUGUCAUCGUGUUUGAUUUAACUGUGGUGGGCUUAUUGAAGCUUCAAAAUUAUUACUAAUUGGAAAACUUUUCAAAGUGUGCUUCGUUACAUCUGUUAUUUCUACAGUCUGAUUAGGGAGCUUAUGCAGAUGGGUGGUUACAUGAUGUUUGAGCAAGAACUUGCUUCAUUAACUUGCUGAACAGAUUCAGUAAUUUGGUGUCAUGUGAACCAGUCAAAUUUUGUCACAUGACAUCUGUUUAGUACUUUUCAAAGACACUGAAUUAGACCGACAGUGAUAUGCUGAAAAUACUUUUUAUCUCAUUUAUGACAUCUCCGCUGCAAUACUGUUUCACUUACAUACUCUUACGUUUUCUCUUUCACCAUCUGUGUUUCAGGUCAGAGUUUGCUUUGAUAUACAACGACCGCUCCGUGCAGGAGAGCCAUCACCUGAGUGCGGCGUUUCGCCUCCUGCAGAGUGAUCAGAUGAACAUCUUUGUUAAUUUGACCAGAGAGGAGUGGAUGUGAGUCAACAACCUUUUUACCAGUGAUGUAAAAGUUAUUAUCAUUAUCAUUUUUAGGAAAAUACACCAAAUUCAACUCAAAAUUUGAACACUGAUUUCCAUGAAAAAACAGAAAGAUGAAAAAAAAAAUAGUUUGAAAAACAGAAUAAAAAUUUGUCCGAAAAACAGAAAGAAGGGAAAAAAUAUCAGAACAAAAAACAGAAUUAAAAAAUAGGUAGAAAAAAAUGAAAGAAGAAAAAAAUUAAUCAGAAAAACAGAAUAAAAUCGAUCUGAAAAACAGAAAGAGGGAAAAAAUCGGUCUGUAAAGCAGCAAAGAAAAAAAUUACUCAAAAAAAAGUUUCCCUUUUUUUUCUAAGUGAAUGCAAUACACUUCCGUACUCUAGCAAUACGUUUCAUUUUUUAUUUCUUGUUUCUUCUUUUUUUCCAAUUUAAAAGUUCAGACACCUGCAAAGUGAGGGUGUUAAAAUCCAUCACUGAUAGGACAGAGUGACUAAAAUGAACCAGAGAGAUGAGAGUGCAUGUGAACAAAUGACUCAACCGUCUCUCCUUUUCUGAGAAAGUCCAAAGUGCUCUCCACCCACGUAACUACAGAACUGAUCGUAACGAGUUCCAGCCAUUUUCUGUCUGAUUCACAGAAUUUGCUUGUUUUUUUUCUUUUUUUUUUUAUUACAGUGGGUUUGAAAUAUUGAACAGUAACUUUUAAAGGUUAGUUCAAGACACAUCAACACUUUUUUGGCUGAAGUUUUUGGAUUUAGCUCAGUGGAAGAUGUUUGAGUAGAUAAUGCAGACAAUAAUAAAAUUCUGCAUUUUUUUAUAUCGAAUAAAUCCUAUAAAAGGAAGAAAAAAACAAUGUUGAGCUCACUUCCUGCAGGGGAAAAAAACAUAUGUGACUUCUUUCUUUGAGUUAUGAAACCUAAAGAUUAUGAGCUCCACUAUUAAACGUAAAUCACGACUAACUUCAAGCAUGGCUGCUAUUUUUGUGUCAAUCUAUUGCCUGUUGGAUAAAUGCUUCAAAAUGCAUCACAUGGUAUUGCAGCUUUACUUUCAACUGCUGUGAAAGCACCAAACAAGAAUCAAUCAGCAACUGAAAAUAGUUCAAAUAAAUCAAUCUUACCUCUGGUUGAGCUGGUUUUCUAAGAACUACAGGAUCAAAGUGUCUGAUUUAAAUAUGUGACCUUUUUGAAAAGUUAAAUCGAUGCUUGAGAUUUGUUUGUAAAGCUUCAGAACUUCAGAAAGAAUGAACAAGGUUCUUACAUAUGGAGGAUAAAUUAGGUUUUUACAUGCUGUUGUUUGACAAAGAGAAAAAGGUGGAAUGAUCACAUGAGACAAAAGCUCCCUCUUGUAUGUCUUCAUGGUAGAUAACCUGUAAAAAUCACUCUGUAAUAAGAAAUUGAUAUACUGCAUGUUCUUUGGUUAGAGGAAAUAUAAAACAGCGUAUCAAUUGGUGCAAAAAGAAAAAAAAAAAGUCGUGUUUGUCAAACAGUGUUGGCGACAGACUCCAGCCAAAUAUUGACAGAAGAGUAAUAUGAGGCCGCAAAGACCCCAUGAGGACAAUUAUCUGUCCAUGUUGACUCAUCGCCUGAUGAGACUCUGAGUCCUGAUCCCCUUUAGGCCUGCAUUAGAUGACCCUGAACCCUUGACCUCUGACAAUUGGACAUCUCCUAUAAAAGAUCAUGUUACUAUUACUGCUGCGUGACUCAUCAGCAGAGUGGGAGUGGGGCGCACAUACAUGAUGUCAGUGAACCAGUUAGGUGAACUAAAAACCGGAAAUGUAAACCAUGACUCAUGGUUAGUAGGGCCCGACGGAUAUGGAUUUUUGGGGCUGAUGCCGAUACCGAUUAUUAGGGGUAAUAUAGUAUAUAUAUAUAUAUAUUUACUGUAGAUAUACUGUUGGCUACUGCUCUCUGAAACUUGUUGACUUAUUGUGUAUUUUUCAAGCUGGUUUAUUUACUGUUAAGGAGGACCACUCUCCUCCAUGCGUCCCUGAGCUGCCUGCUUCAGAUCCGCCACUCUGCUCUACUGUGAGGUAGUUAGCGAUAAAGAUUGUCAUGAGGUCCCUGCGCCAUCUACAGGAUAAGUCGGGGAACUUUUCAAAUGGCGGAACAUAUUCGAAGUGAAACCAAAUCUGAUUCUCCGCAUUUUAUUUCUGAAAAAUUCAUCGAUAAUCGUUGAGUUUCGGCCUAUUACCAAUUAGUCUCAAACAGGCUAAAGUUGGCCAAUUUAAUCGACUUGCUGAUAAAUCAGUCGGGCCUUAAUGGAUAGUGUCCUGAACUGAAGUGUUAAAAGUUCAUUUUUUGUCAUUUUUGUGCCAACAACCAUGAAAUAGUAAAAACAGGGAUAUUCAAACAGUUUCUAAAUUCAUGGAGGAUGACACACUUCAACACUUCAUACACUAUGUGGCUGUUAUUUAUGGACGAGCCCUGCAGAUGUUGACAGUGAUAAACAGCGGCAGCAUACCGUAAUAGGCUUUUUAUUGCAGUCAGCGUUACCAUGGGAACAAGAAAACCCAUCAGCAAAUCUGAAAGGUUACAACCCCACCGACUCUUCCUGUCUGUUGAUUUUAAACCUUAGACUUUAUCCCCAUCAUCAGAGGCUGAGGGGUAAAUAAGGAUGUCUGUUCUGUUUGUGUACAGGGAGCUGAGAUCGCUCGUCAUCGAUAUGGUGUUGUCCACUGACAUGUCCUCCCACCUCCUCCAAGUCAAAGCGAUGAAAUCCUGUCUGCAGCAGCAAGAACGGUAACACUAAUGGGCUCUGCUUCUGCUUUCAAGCUGUGCUGUGCAAACAAGAGUUAAUAAAGUACAAUGACGCCUCAGAGCAGAUACAGCUGUUUAGAAAUAUUCAGCACCAGGAGGCUGACAGACUGAGGUACUCAACAACAAAAACAAGGAGCGCGUGGUGUUUUCUCUUAUAGGAUCGACAAGCCCAAAGCUCUGUCCCUGCUGCUUCACACGGCCGACAUCAGUCAUCCCUCUAAACCCUGGGCUCUGCACUCUCGCUGGACCAAAGCCCUGAUGGAGGAGUUCUUCAGGCAGGUAGGAACAGCCAGAUUUCAAAAAAUGUCUGGACUGUAACUUUAGGAACUUUGUCUCAACUGUUGUUUAAAUAGGAGAUAACAUAUCAUAAGCAUGACCACCAGAAGAUUAACCUACAAGAUUAUCCUGUGGUCUGAGGUGUAUUAAGAGUGAAUUUGUCUUGAUAAUUGGGUCUGAAAUGGGUCGGGGCCGACAAUCGUAAAUAUUAAACUUGCUCAAUAUUUAUGACCAAAAAUCUUCACGUGUGUGGGGAAAGCCGACGACUCCCGAGUCAUGACUCUGUGAAUUGUCACGUAAAACGGAAUGUAGCCAAUCAAGAAGCGAGCUGACUGAGGAACUAAGGAACCAAAUAAAGCGAUCAUCACAUAAUAUAAAUAAUAAUAAUAAUCACACCAGCCAUUAGCUUAGUUUGAGAACAACUCACCUCUAGCUCGCUCAGUAGACUAUAAAGUUUGUGUUCACACUGUCUCCAGGAUUUUUUACACGGUCUUUUCGGGAUUUUUGUGUCAAAAGUACUCCUAAAACCACCAUCAUUCCCUCCUCUUCCAUGUUGCGUCUUGUGUUCUUGUGGUUGUUGCGAUGUUUCUUCUUCUUCAUUUUUGUUAGAUCACAUUUUAUCACAUGAGAUUCCUGUCUUGGAGGACUAGAUUCUAGAUCGGUGGUGGAACAGAAUGGUUUUGUUCGUGGUGUGCUGUGUUGAGAUUAUCGGAGCACACCACACAGAGUACGAUCAAAACUGUUCAAUGCCUGAUUUUGUAUCUUCAUGAGACGGGUCUGUAACAGAUUAAAAAAUCCUUAUGUGUACCCUGCUUUAGAAUUUGUUUUCAAAAUUACUGCAUCGAUACAUCUUGUCAAUUCUUCCAAUUUUUCUUGUCAAACUGCAUUUUUCAUGUCAGUACUUUAUUAAAAAGAAUAGAUAUAAUGUUAAGCAUCUUGUAUGGACUUCAAAUAUGACCUAGAGGUUAAACAAAUAGGUCUAACAGAAGAAGAUGAUACUAUUUCAUAAAAGAGGCUUUGUUUAGUGUUUUUCAUGAACACUCUGAGCACAUAUAUAUAUGUGCUUAUCUGAAUGUAAAGAACCUGUAUACGGUUUCGUCUUUGUCCUCUGCUUUUCUUUGAUGCUCUCCUGCUUUGAUCUGCUGUUUUCUUUGUUUGAAUGCUAAGUAAAAGAGGUUGGAUGUCUAAUAUCAGCUCUGUACUCGGUAAAUGACUCAUCUGGGUCUGAAGGAAGAGUGGGAACCCUUCAAAGAGCGUUGUUACGUCAGAAUGAGAGAAAAAUGACAUGAAUUGCUCUUCAGGUAUGAGGCACACAGAGUCUCAGAGGAGAGUCUCUUUGAAAGGUGUAAUCAACAUUUACUUGAAGGAUCUUACAGGCUUUUAUUUAAGACAAGGCUGUGGUACGAAACAAAUUAAGAACAGGAUAAAGAACUGCACACGUCAUAUUUGCGUCAAACUUUAGGAGACAUCUACGAUCCGAAUAUCAGCAUCAAUAUGGACAAGGACUUGAUAAAAUAAGAUAAGAAAUUUAUUGGUCACCGAAGGAAAAUUCAAUAGAUGUUAUAUAAUAUUUAAGCUUAAAGAAGAAAGAAAUUUCAACAUUUGCUACAUGCCAUCUUGUUCUUCUUUCCCAUUUUCAUUCUUUAGGCAAAAAUAUCUGGACACAUCAGCUCAAAAAAACUUGAAGAAAAAAAUUGACAAAAGAAAACUCUUAAAACGGCCUCGAAACUGGCUCGACUGAAAUGAAUUUGAAUUCCUGGGGUGACCUUUUUUAAACAAAAAUACUUGUCGAAAUACAUGUCAGAUUUAAAAGCUUUCGGAGCAUUUUCAGUUUCAAAGUAGUCCCUCUGCUCUUGCCUGCACUCUUAGAAAUCCUGGCAGCAGGGUUGCAGGGAAGUUGCUGUUAAAAUUAAUGUUAUAUUGCUGUUGCUGAAAUUUACAGUUUGCUACUGUUUUAAUUAAUACAGCAAAAAGCUGUUAUUUAAAAACUUUCACAGGAAAAUCCUGUAGAAAAUAUUAGCAGCUGUGUACUGUUUAUUUACACUUAUUCUAAAGAGGUAUAUUUGCAUAUUUUUUUACUGGGAAUUGUAGCAAAAUUCUACAUCUUGCUGUUAAUCUAGUUCUUUCUAGAAAAGUUUCAAAUAUUUUUACUUUUCUAAACUGUAAACAUUUAGAAAAGUAAGUAUAUUGUAAACAAGUGGCAGUAGGGUUGCAAGGAAGUUGCUGUUAAAAUUGAUGAUAUAUUGCUGUUGCUGAAAUUUACAGUUUGCUGCUGUUUUUAUAAAUACAGCAAAAAGCUGUUAUUUAGAAACUUUUACAGGAAAACUAGCAGCUGUUUACCAUUUAUUUACGUCUAUUUGCAUGUUUUUAUUGGGAAUUGUAGCAAAAUUCUACACCUUGCUGUUAAUCCAUUUCCUUCUAGGAAAAUUUACAAUAUAUUUACUUUUCUAAACCCUUAACAUCCACCAGUUUUACUCUGCUAGACCUGAGGUAGUUAGCAGAUUGCAAAGGUUGCAUGAGCUGAUGCUCACUGUGGUUUUUGCCCCUCUCUGCUUCACUGUGGCUAUAACAAGACGACUCUUUUUACUCAGGAGACAUGUUGUUUCACACUGUUACAGGCCUACAACAGUAACUAGACACUUUUAUUCUUCAACUGACAAUACUCUCACAGAUAGUUAUCUGUGUUGUAUUUAUAAUUAUCUACUUUCAUUUAACAGUUAAAUGAAGUUUUUUUUAGAUGAAUGUAGAAAUUCAAGCACCUCAGCAAGUAAAAAAACAGGCACAUAAACUAAAUAAAAAGUCACUUAACCUUGUAGAAUAUAACGAGGCAUCACUAUUUUUUUCUAGUGAUGCCUCUGUUUCAUAACUAGCUAAAAAAGUUGUCAUGGGAAUUUUAAUUCAGCUGAUUGAAUAUAAUCCGAUUUUAUUUGUACAGCACAUUUUCCACAAAUAUAAUUCAAUCUUCUUUUUAAAGAUACAAACAAAGUCGUAAAAAAAUAUAACAACAGUCAUUUCAGGGUAACCUGCAUUUGACCGGCAGGAACUCUGAACAGAAUCAGUCUAUGCAGCAGACAUUUGUGAGGAGACAUUUGCCUUGACUGGUAUGAGGAAGAGAGACAGAUUGAGACAAAAAAAGUCGACACAGACAGACAGAGAGGAGACCGAGUGACAGGCGGGAAGUGAGACAGAAGGAGAAACGUACAUACACUUACAAAAACAACAACAGACAAUAAAGACUUAUGGUCACUGUGGUCAUAAUGUUGUUGUAACUGUCAAAACGACAAAAAGAGCAAACGCAUUUUUGAAGGAGAACAUGCCGUGAAGAGUUGCAGAGAUUUUUUGUAUGUUUAACCCAAUCUGUCGCAGACCUCCAAUCAAAAUCUAACGACCGCUGAGUCUUUCCAGAUGGCUCUGAGAGAAUGGGCUGAUACUGUGAGGCUGGUACUCUGACUGAGUGGGUUAUGAGUGCAGCAGUCAGACGCUACAGUAUGCUGCCUUUCUUCUCACCUGAAGAGGAAAAAAGAGCAGAGGAGGUGUUUUUGAAGAUCUGCAGUCGACUGAAAUAAGAUCUGAGAAACUUCCCUCUCUGAAAGUCUCUUCAAAGUUUUUGGGCUCCUUAAAAAAAACCUGUUGUAUAGUUUUCUUUGAACAAUCUGAGAGUCUCAAGCGGCAGGUGUUGAAGUGAAAUAACCCUUUUAUUUCCAGCUGUUGUGUGGGAUGGUCUUUUUGAUAUCUUCUCUCUGUCUUUCUAUCUUUGUGAGGGCGAUAGAGAGGCGGAGCUCGGCCUGCCCUUCUCUCCUCUGUGUGAUCGGAACAGCACGCUAGUCGCUGAGUCUCAGAUUGGUACGUCUCAAGCAUAACACCUCACAAAACUAAAACAACUUAAAGGGAUAUUCCCUUUAAGGAAACUGAAUUUCUUCAGUUUCUAAAAGAAGUUUGGCUUCAAACUUAAAGGGAUAUUCCGGCAUAAAAUUAAGUCAGGGUCAAACACACAGUAACACCAAGUUAGACAUCCUAUCGAGAGAUGAAUGUUGCCGACCAUUUGCUUCUCUAGUUAUACCAACUUGAGUAGUGACCGCACGAUAGCAAUACACAGCCGACUACACCUCCACGCACAAACCUCAACCAAAAUGUGCCUCCGUAGACCACUGUGUAUUGCUAUCAUGCAGUCCUUACUGAAGUUGGUAUAACUAGAGAAGCAAACAGUCAACAACUUUCAUCUCUCGAGGGGGUGUCUAACUCGGUGUUAUGGUGUGUUUGACCCUAACUUAAAUUUACGCCGGACUAUCCCUGUCUAACUUCUUUUAGAAACUGAAGAAACUCAUAAAAAGUGUUACUAACAUCAACUAUUUACCACUCCUCCAUCCCUUCCUGCUUGACUCAUCGGUGAACCAUUUGUCCAUCAGUCAGCUCUUAUAAAUUCAGUAUGAAACCUUAUACAACAUCUGAUCAACUUAACACUGAGCUUCUUAACCAGUGGGAUGACUGUCAUUCUUAGUGCCCAAAAUCUCAGCAACAUUUGCUCUAUUUGCAGGUUUCAUCGACUUCAUAGUGUACCCCACGUUCUCUCUGCUGAUCGACAUGGCUGAGAAGAUUGUUAUUCCUUUAGUGGAGGAAAACCCGGGUCCACCAGACCCUUGCAACAGACACAGGUAACACACAGAUAAGACUGUAACAUCUCUCAGCUUGGUGUUUCCAGGACAAUUCAGAAAAUGCAACUAUCUCUGAGUUUGUUUUUGAUUUCAAAAUGGAAAUUAGUGAUGUGGAUGAUAAAGCCCAUCAGAUCACUGAAAUGAGUUGUAGGCUGCUGGGCAAGGAACUCUGAUAAUAAUAUUCAUUAAUCCAAAAUAAAAAGGUGUUUAGCUCCUAAAAGUUCCAGUGAUAUGUUAGAUCACUGGCUGUUUAUUAAAUGGACAAUGAGCCUCAAUCUCUCACUGUGAGAUGUAACGCUUGGUGUCGUAAUUUGAAGCAAAGACAAGUUCAAAACUGAACUUUUCAGGACAUAAAUCAACAUAAGAAAAAAAUGCUUUCUCAGAAAGCAUGUUUGAGAAAAGUUAUCAUCUCUCUUACCCUCUUAUUGGAGGGGAAAUUGUCAAUAAAACCAGUAUCUCAGCAGAGAUGCCCUCAAAGCUUUGGCUGUUAUUCUGUCUUUCGAUUGACGUUGAUACAGUCCAUAUACAGUAGCUUAAACAUAGCCAUUAGCUAAUUAUUGAUUUUGAUUGGCCAAACUAAAUCGGGGAAGAAGUAAGAUAAAAAAGGGUUUUAAGUGGGGCAGGAAAUUAAGGAUAUGUCUUUUCAUCCGGCUCUCUGCAAGACAGGACUGCACAUUUCCAAAAUUGUUAAAUUUUUUUACAGGUAAAUUUUUUAUGAGAAGACGUUUUGAUCAGGGGAAACUACCAAGCAAGACACAGUUUGACUUUUUUUUUUUUUGUAGUAUAUUGUAACAUUUAAAUUUAUUUUGGCAUAUCAGCUUUGAUUCUGCUGCUUUAGUCAUGAAGAAGUGUUUAUAAAUGUAUCCUCAUUAUAAAUGCAAUCUAGUGAAUGAGUUCUUUCUUUUAAUUUCAAUAAAGAAUAAAAAAAGGAAAAUAGAAAUAAAGAAAGAGGUGAAAUUGCAGAGUAAGAGUAAAAGUGUAAAGAAAGAGCAGUAUUGCGAUGACAGCUCUGUUCUUUCUCAUCAGUAAUCUGUGGAAGGAGAGCUCCAGAGGUCUGCAGUGGAGUCUAGCUCAUCUCACAGCUGAGCUGGUGAGUUUCCGCUCCACCUGGACGAGACACACUGAGGACAACAAGCUCAAAUGGAAGGAGAGCGGCUCCAAUGGUUUGUACUGUUAACUUUGAUUCACCCCUGUUAGGAAUGAACCAUAAAUCAGAUCUUUGUAAAAGUAAAUAAUAACGAAAGUUAAACAAACUCGAUACCUGUUACAACCCAUGUGGUUAUUUCUUAAUGUCUUCAGCAACAAGGAAGAAUGAUAACAAUCACACCAAGAAAAAUGGCGCCUCUGCCGCUCCAAAAUGUGCUCGGUCCUCUGAUUUGAUUUGUUAUUCUUCUAUUCAAGUUUACAGUUACCCCAUGAGGAAAUUAACAGAUAGGAUUGUUUUCUUUCAGUUAAACAAAAUUUUCCAAAACCUCUUCCAAUCUCUCUCUCUGUGUCCUCCAGGAUUUUCAGACCAAAAUGUGACAAAAGAGGAGAGACCCCGACGAGAGGAGCGGUCAGAAAAACCCCAGCUGGACCCUGAUACUGCCACAAAACAAUAGAUACAAAAACAGGCCUUUUUAUUGAAUAUCUACAAAAGUUGAGGUCAAUGUUAAGUCACUGUUUGUAACUGAACCAUGUUGCCUUCUUACACCUUAUUAAUGCAUUUAGAGGAGAUGCAGGAGGAGGGAGAGUGGUUUAGCUAACAUCAUCUUCCCAUGGUAAGAUGCAGAAUAUGCACAGAAAUGUCCUCAUGUCUUAUUUUAAGUGUAGUAUAUAAUGAUUAUUUAAAUUCAAAGUGUACAUGCUGGCCAUGUUAAACAGUAGAGUGCAUGUUAUUAAUUUAAAUUGUCACUUAAACACCUGUAGGGGACAUUUUACCUUUAAUAGUUUGAACUGUACGCACAGACCAUUUAACCAUGCAAUAAAAUUCCAAUUUGUCAGUA